AUGUCUCUCAAAGUCGGUGACCAAUUCCCCGCUGACGUCGUCUUCUCCUACAUCCCAUGGGCUGAGGAGUCAGAGGAUAUCAAGUCCUGCGGUAUCCCCAUCAACUUCGCCGCCUCCAAGGAAUGGGCCAACAAGAAGGUCGUCAUCUUUGCCCUCCCUGGUGCUUUCACCCCCGUCUGCUCUGCUGCCCACGUCCCCGGCUACAUUGAGAACCUGCCCAAGCUCAAGGCUAAGGGCGUUGACGCCAUCGCCGUCCUUGCCUACAACGACGCCUACGUCAUGAGCGCCUGGGGCAAGGCCAACGGUGUCAAGGGCGACGACAUUCUUUUCUUGUCCGACCCCGAGGCCAAGUUCUCCAAGAGCAUCGGCUGGGCCGAUGAGGAGGGCCGCACCUACCGUUAUGCCAUUGUCGUUGACAACGGCAAGGUCAUCUAUGCCAAGAAGGAGCGUGCCAAGAAUGUUCUCGAGCUCACACUCUCACAAAUGGCAUCGACCCAGGCGCCCAAACGAAAAGCGCCAGCUGCCACUUUUUCCAAACCCAACGGCCACGCCCACAAACGCGCCAAAAGACAAGAUGCACGCUCCUUGGCUGUGCAGUCCGCCGAUGCCGCUCUGUCCGCGACGGGCGAGCUCGACGUCGCCGCGUAUGUCGGCGCGCGCGAAUACGAGAUCAGAGCGUUGGAGUCCGGCAUGGAGCGUUCAAAGGGUAUUCUUAUGAGCCGUGCUUUUCAGAAAGUCCCCAGAUCGCUGCGACGGAGGACAGCGAGCCACAAUGUGAAGAGAGUCCCAAAGAGAUUGCGGACAAGAGCCAGACGCGAGAUGUUAGAAGAUAAUACACCGACAGUCACUUCCCGCCGCCGUAAACCAACGAGAGUUUUGCGCAUCCGUCUCGAGACCGUCCGUCGUCUACAGAACCUGAACAAAAAAACAAAAGUCAAGCGAGCAGCAUCAAGACUCAAACGGGAUCAGGAAAACAAGACCGAGAACGAGACAUCUGACGAGAAACAUGGCUAUAAUAUUGCACCUCGAGUUCCGAAAAUCAAAAAGAACAAACUAUCCCAGCCGCUGCCUCCGGAUUCGAAAUACAAAAAGCGUCAACGAGGAAAAACGUGGCUGCCGACUCACCUUUUCCAUGCUAAACGUGCCCAUAUGACGCCCCCCAAGGAACCGCUUUGGCGUUUCGCAAUGCCUAUGACUCCGACUGAGAAGAGCUACCGUCCUACGCAUCGAGCUGCAGGGUCACGAGGAGCUGUUGCCUGGGAUGUGAGCUAUCUGUCUACUAUACAGCUAGAAGGAGUGCGGUCGGUACUGGAGACUGUCUUGAAAAGUCUUCACAUUGAGGGCGACGACUGCUGGGGACCUAAAGGAAAGAAAUGGAGGCAAGGAACUAGAACGCUCAGCAAAUGGGCUCACGAAGCCGGCAAAAAUUCAGAGCCGAUUGCGCCGGUGACUAUGAUAUGGUGUCCAGUCUCGGAUACCGGAGAUACUCAAAUGACCAAUGCCGAAGACACUUCUAGUCGAAGCAAGAAACAGCGACAACAGGACAAAAUACUCAUCCGUGUCCACCCGUCGGCAUUUUUACAGCUAUGGGAGGCCCUUAUCGCCACUUCAAAGCGACAAAAUCCUCCUGUGACCGUUCAGGACCUUCGUUUCGAUAUUGGGAGCAUAGAAAUCACCGGGCCUGGCUCUACCGAAGCGCUUAUUGCCACAAUGCGCCCUUUGAAUGAUUCAGACUCAAAGGACUCAUCGGAUCCAAGUCCUGAAACAACAUGGGCAUCGCUUUUGGGGGUCACAAAUUCAUCCUCCCUGCCAGCUGGUUCGCUUUUGGCGUUCAAUAUCAGUGAUCCCCGGUUACAUUACCCUCUCAAGCCUCAGAGGCCCCCGGCAUCCGAGUCGAGCAUGAAUGAAUUAGCGAACCUCCUAUCGAAUUGGCCUCCUGACCGUUGCCACACCCCACAUGCUCUCUUUGACCGAUCCGCACGGUUGAGCGCCAGUCGCUGUUUGCCCAGUCAAAAGGCAAUCAACCGCCGAAGAACCCUAGCAGGCCCUGGGGUACCAUUAAAGUCUGAAUCUUCUGAUCCUCGUAUUCCGGUUAUCGCUUUUGCAUCACGACCAGAUAACGCAUCCAAAGAGGCUAGUUCUACGGGUUCAUGGACGAUUUUACUGCCAUGGAAAUGUGUCCCGCCCCUUUGGUACAUGCUCAUGUUCUAUCCUUUAUCUAGCGGCGGCAAUCCAAGAUUUGGCGGCUUGAAGGAGCAGCGCCAACUGGCCUUUGAAUAUGGGCAGCCAUGGUUUCCAGGAGAUUACCCAGGAACUCGCGCUGGUCGGGAAUGGGAUCUCCAAGAAAGCGAAACACGGAAGAAAGAGUGGGAGAAGAAGCCGAAGGGCAGAAGAGUCGAGUUUGAUGGUAUUGACCUAGGUAACGGACAGACUGGCGAGCUCGGUCAGGGCUGGGCUUGCGAUUGGGAGAGAUUGGUCCAGGGGAGAGCCCAGCAGGAAACGGCCAAAGACACACAGGAGACCAAGGAGGACGAAACUGUCAAGGCCGAACCCCCGCCUUGCACUAACCCGAUUAAAUAUCUUAGGAUCGAGCCUAGGGUCGCAUUCAGUCUCAAUUCCCAGGCCAACGCCUGGCGGUUUCCUGACGACAAGCCUUUUGUCGCGACAGUCAAGGUUACCCUAAUCGGUCGUGGGACACCUUCUCCAUGUGCACGUAUGUAUAGGCUUCCAUCGAAUAACGAAGAGCUACGCAAACGAUGGUUGCUCGCGACAUUAUCAUCUCGAAAAAAUACCUCAAGCACUCCCCUAGACACACAACGACUGGUCUCAGAUUCGACGAAUAAACAAAAGGACUCACUAGCUACAAAGAACGAAUCUCUCCGGAAACUUGCCAAUUCGCUACUCGAGACGCCAUCGUCUCUCGAACAACAAACACACCUUCCUCUACCUUGCGAAGAAGAUUUGAUCGGCUUCGUGACAUCGGGCAAUUAUAACCUGUCACAGGGAAAGGGCACCGGAAUCGGAUCCAUUCUUGUUUCAAAGGUGUCAGGUGGCGUCCUCUCACAGUCUAAAAAGAAAUUAAACCAGAAGAAUAUGAAGAAAGCUUGUCGUGAAAGGAGACUUUGUAUUGUCCGCUCGGCUGGUGAGCGAGUCGGCAGAUUGGGGGAAUGGGAGUUUCGCCCCAGCAGAGAGCCUGAGCCGCAAUGGGUGCUGGAAGCUCCAAGCCCGAAGCUUCGGCCGGGUCGAAACAUGUUUUUGCAAGGUGAUGAAACGCCAGUGCAGUUUUCCGCCAACUUGGUAGAGGCACUGCAAUCCGGCACAGAGACCGACUCAACCCGCGCCAAGUCGCUCGAAUUACACAUCCAAGCCCGCGUCGCAGAGGAACUAGAGCGACUCCGACAAAGAGAAAAACAGACCGUCGAAGAGAUCGAGAAGCGCGUGGCCGCCGCACUACCCGAGCGCAGCACAAAAGGCACUGCGACUGCCUCCCCAUUUGCCUUUGGUGCUCCAGCCGGAUCGUUGAACCUCGAUGCUCCGCGUAUUCCGUUUGCCGGACGAGAGCAUGACGCUCCCUUGUUCCCCGUUGACCCAGCCCCUACUAUUAUCGCUCCAGGCACGCAACACCCGCCCGCCGAAGUUGAUGCGUCGCGCGAGACGGUUCUGAAGGAUAUUGAGCGUCUUCGUGGCAAGCUCGAGUCGAGGAAGAAGCUGACGGCGUUGGAUGACAAUGUGGAGCGCGCCAAGACAGAUGUUAUCAACUGCCUGAGGAUAAAUGACCGACGGCCUCUUGACUGCUGGAAGGAGGUUGAUAGCUUCAAGCAGGAAGUGGCCAAGCUCGAGCGGGCUUUUGUCGACAAGGUGGUGGGAUAG